AUGUAAUAUAAUGAUCCAUAAUUUACAUUACUAAAUAUAGAGGAAGAAUGGAACAAUGUUAACAAUAAUAUGUAGAAUCAAUUAAAUUUAGAACCCUGGAAUGGAAAUUAUGAUCAUAUUUUCAAAUAGGAUAGAAAAUACAUAUCUCCUAUAAAGAUGAAAAUAAAGAUUCCAAUUAGGAUGACAACUUAAACUAGAAGAAGAUCAAUGGAAACAUCUAAUCAAAGUUAUCAAGAUAGUUGUCCUAAAAUAGAAAUUAAAUCUUAAAUAUAAUAAUUCUAGAUGAUUAGUAUGUCUCCUCAAAAAAAUUACACUUAAAAAUAUAGGAAUUCUUGGAUAAAAACUCUUUAUAAAAAAUCUUUAUAAAAUAAUUUGAUAUCUUUGACUGAUUAUUAUAAAAUAAUUCAAAAGAAUAGAAAUGAAGAGAUUUUGAACAACAAUUUAAUUGGUUAAAAUAUUAAACCAUUUUAAUCUGAAUAAAAAUAAUAAGUUUUGAAUAAUUUUAGAAUGAAAUUACAAUAAAAAACGAAGAACAAAACUUUUUAUUGA